AUGCGAAAUAAAAGACUUUGCAAAUGGCUUCGUUCUGGUGUCGUCAAGAAGAAUAUCAAAAACACUCUUGACUGUACCAUUGAUACGUUAUAUGAAAUGUGUCACUUAAAGAACGUCACCCGUGAGAACAUAUCAAGUAGCCUUGAGAACAUUCUUCUCAACGAUAUGACCUUUAGAAACCAGCACAUGACCUUGUAUAACUGGUUUCAAAGCCAUCGUGAACAAAAUAAAACAAAAUCAAAACCAUUUGCGGUAUUUAGAAAAACUCGUGUUUAUUCAUCCGCCUUCGGGUCUCACAUUAACUAUAAUGUUACAAGUUCAUCUGACAACAGUACCGGAGAUGCCAUUAACAUUGAAAAUGAAUCUUCUAUCAAUAUUUCAACCACACCCGGACAAAUUGAAGAUACACGUGAUUCCUCCCCGCCACCUGUGAGGCGGAUAUAUUCUUUUACCGGACCGGAACAAGGUGCGAUUGUGGAGACUUUUUUAACACUAGCGGAAAAGGCAUUGUACAAUUUUCUCAUAAGGCAUGAAGGAAAAAUUUCGGAAAAAGUUGUAAGAGACUUCGCCGCAAGCCAAAUUCCGCCAAUUAAUAAAGAUUUUCGAGAUGCGGAUGUGUUGUGCAUGUUAAAGUUCAUCAUUCAGAACAUCAAACUUUUUUUAAAGGAAUCUGCAUUCCAUGGACUUAACAAGACAAACCCAAUAGAACUUCUGGAUGAAUUUAAAAAAAAGGUUCGUAAUAAGAACGCGCACGGUGUUGUUGAAAAUGAUAAAGGGCGGUGGUGUGACCUUGAUCUGCAACGUGUAGUCCAGCUUACAUGUGAAGUGGCAGCUUGUCUCGGAAAUAAUUAUAAAGAAGCGUACACCGCGAAAGAAAAAUUUGACAAAGAAAUUCAUCAUCGAUGGAGAAACGAAAUUACAGAAAAUAAUUCUUAUGAAUCAUUAAAUUUUCUUUCAGACCUAAAAAACAUUGGUACCUCUUUAGAUAAUAAAAAUUCUGAAGGUUCUAAGACAUUAAAGAGAAAAUUAGGCGAAACCGACUUAGAUGAGAUGACGGAUUUCAUUUUAAUUGUAUUAAACAAAGUGAAAGAAAGGGAUGCGGGUGAAAAGCAAAAAAUUUUGCAGUUGUCACUAGAGGAGAACGAGCCAUUAAUCAAAAUCUGGAGAACAGCAUUAAUCAAAAAAAAUGAAUCUGAUCAAAUAAAUAAAUUCAUUUCACUUGUAAAUUCAAUGUUUAAUACAGUAAGUAUUCAACCUUAA